ACGUGUUGUGAUGCUAUAGACAAAACAAAACGACAUUUGCAAAUAAAUAAAUAAAAGUUGAAAUUAGAUCCGAUUUAUGAGCUUGGUUGCCAGCAAUUCGGAAAGUGUUGGAUCAUUAACAGAAGCGAAAGGGAGAGGAAAAGGAAAAAUUAUGCGUUGUGGAAGAAGAUAAUUGAGUGUUGCGAAUUUGUUAGAUCAGCUGCUGCAUCAACACCAGCGGAGAUCGACAAUUCACGCACCAUCUCACCCGUCAUUUUCCCCAACCCUAAUUCGCCUCUUUAAUCAACCAACAUUUCCUCUCUUUUUUUUCGUUUUUGGAGGGAAAAUUGUGGAGAUGAACGCUAAAGCCCCGGCCGUCAAAUUGGACGAUGAGCAGCUGGCGGAGCUGCGGGAGAUAUUCCGCUCCUUCGACCGGAACAACGACGGCAGCCUCACGGAGCUCGAGCUCGGCUCGCUGCUGCGCUCGCUCGGAUUGAAGCCGAGCCCCGAUCAGAUCGACGCGCUGAUUCAGAAGGCUGACACGAACAACAACGGAUUAGUGGAGUUCUCGGAGUUCGUGGCGCUGGUAGCGCCGGAGCUCCUUCCGGCCAAGUCGCCUUACACGGAGGAGCAGCUCAGCCACCUCUUCAAGAUGUUUGAUCGCGACGGGAACGGGUACAUCACCGCGGCGGAGCUCGCGCACUCCAUGGCCAAGCUCGGCCACGCCCUCACGGCGGAGGAGCUCACCGGGAUGAUCAGCGAGGCUGACACCGACGGCGACGGCAGGAUCAGUUUUCAGGAGUUCUCGCAGGCGAUCACAUCCGCCGCAUUUGAUAAUUCUUGGGCUUGAUUCGAUUUUGUCUCGUUCAGGUUCGGAGGAAUUUGUGGUAGAAGAGUAGGUUUAUCCUGGAUAUGUGACUAGGUACAUGAUUAAAUGUUCAGACAUACAUAUAUACAUACAUAUCUCGUCUGAGUUGUCGGUAAACGACAACGUGCAGCAGGUCUCAUCGUUGGUUUCAUGUAGCUUAUGUAUGAUUUUGGUUUGAUUUUUGCUGCACUAGUAUCUAUCUGGUGUUUUAGCUCAAAUCGAGGAGCUCUUGUUUGUUGAAGAACAAGAACCCACACACAAACCACUACCACUCUUGUUUCCAUACUUUGAUUUUUCUUUACUAGAAAUGACAAAUGUGAUUGCUUCCUAUCUA